GCUCCUUGUGUCUCCAUCAUUCACCGAGCCGCCGCAGAGCCGAACCCGCACCGCGGUACCGAGACGGCGGACACCGGGACACUCGGGCGAGUUCGGCUCGGUUCGGAAACCCGAGCGCAGUUCCAUCACUCGCUAUUGUUCGGAUGCGCGACGCCGAGAAUCAAAGAGUGCGAUCGAUUCCCGACCGAUCAUGAGUUCCGCUCGUGCGCGCUUCUUCUUCAUCAUCUUCAUCUUCAUUCAGAGUGCCGCUGGGUUCCGUGUGCAGCUCCAGGAUGGCGUGCGGAUGCUGAUGUCUCUGGAUGAUGGUGACAUUGGGCCGGGUGUGUCUGAGUACGCGGUGCGAGUGUCCGGAGAGCCGCUCACACACACACUGCUGUUCCAGCAAGCGGCCGACGCGCACACACUCCCCGAACCGCUGCUGUUUAACGCCUCGUACCACGGCCUGCUGUACUCCAUCAGCCUGAUGACCGACGGCAGAACACACACCACCCGCAGCAUCAUCACACAGCCGCUUCCUCUAGACAGUGUGGAGAUGUGGGACUAUGCGCCGUCUCCAGAGACCGCUGUGGUGUUUCAGAUUCGCUCUCCAGACAGAAACAUCUUCACCAGAGUCAACAUCAGCUACACGGAGGGACACCAGCGCAGAUACAUGCUCUAUAAAGAUUUCCUCCAUGGUAAAACCGUGUUCAAGCACUGGUUGUCAGGUGUGUGUUACAGCAACAUCACCUUCCAGCUGAUCUCUGAAGCUUCAGUCAACAGGAGCGCUCUGCUGAGCCGCAGCGACAUUACCCAUAAUCCUCAGCAGCAUCGCACCGUCCCGAACCCUCCUCUGAACGUGUCCCUGAAGAUCCUUCAUCUGAGCGGGCGUGGGCCGCCGGGACCCGUCCUAACCGGAGCCAUUCUGAAGAAUUCCCACAAUGCAUCCGUGGUGCGGCGGGAGCGUGACCUGCCAGAGUAUGAAGAGCAGGAGCCGACCAGCGACACACUCAACACCGAGAGCAACCUCACACACACUCAACUGAACCAGUCUGAAUCAGAAAAUGAAUCUGAAUCUGAACCAGUCACAGCUGAACCCACACUGAACAGCAGCACACAGAGUCUGUGGGCGUGGCAGACAGUAAGCCCCGCCCCCACAGAGGAGGAGGAGGAGGGGUUUGUGAAUGCGCUGGUGCCAGAAUACGAGGACUCGAAUGAACCCGGGUCAGCGCUGGGCAUCCCCCUGGAGCCCGCUGUGAUGCCUGCUGUGAUGCCCACGCCGCUGGCACCUGUCCUGCUGCAGCUGCGCUGGUCUCCGCCAGCACCGCACACUGCUUACGACGCCUUCAACAUCUACAUCUACCGCAAUGGAAACUCCACAGAAACUGCGACGGUUGAUGAAAACACACAUGAGUUCUUGGCGGAACUCUCCGAAUCGGGAACAUAUCGCAUUCACGUCACAACACUGAGCUCUGCUGGAGACUGCGAAGCCCGAGAGAGUUCAGCCAACACCGCAUUCACCUUCUACCUCAGUCCGUCCGGUGAGUGGAUGGAGCAACCACAGGAGCGUCCGCAGGCCGUGAGUGUGAAGAUGUUGGACUCCAGCACAGCUGCAGUGUCCUGGGCUCCGUCCACACACACAUACAAUGGCAGUCUGAUCUCGGUGCAGUCGCUCACGUGUCUGCGGCCCAGCAUCAGCCAGCGCAUGGAGCUCAACUACUGCUCCGAGGAGAACAUCACCAGUGACAUCAUCAGCAGCCUGACCCCCGGCGCCCAGUACCGCGUGGUGGUUUACCACACUAAUGGGCCGCUGGUCAGCCCCGCGUCUGAACCAGUCAUCAUCGAUAUAGAGCCGACAGGUGUGCGUGAUCUGGUCGUGUAUCCUCUGAGUCCCAGCGCCGUCAUCCUGAGCUGGCAGAGGCCGUAUAAUGUGGCUUUCCGGAAAUACGUCCUGCAGACCUUCUUCUUCAACUCGGCCACGCAGACGGCGCAAUGGAGCACGUACUACGAGAUCGCCGCCACCGCAUCUGUCAUCGCCUCUGUGAGAGUGACAGAUCUGCUGCCCGCCUGGUUUUACAAUUUCCGUGUGACGAUGGUGACAUGGGGCGAUCCUCCGCUCAGCUGCUGCGACACCUCCACUGUCAGCUUCAUCACAGCUCCCGAAGCGCCGCACAUCUCCUCAGUGGAGUUCUCUCAUGGAUCAGUGUUUGUGCGCUGGACGUACGGAGAUUUGUUCACGGAUCUCACACACUCGCGCAUGCUGCACUGGCAGGUGGUGGCGGAGGGCAAGAAGAGCGCCAGGAGACGAUUCUCCGUAGACGUAACCCGCAGUGUGAUGAAGGCGUCUCUGGCCCUCCCAGCGGGUGACAUCUAUAACCUGACGGUGACGGCCUGCACCGAGCGCAGCUGCAACACAUCUGCACCACACAUCAUGAAGCUGGACCCGGCUCCUCCGCGCUCUCUGUACGCGGUGAACGCUAGCGACACAUCCGUCACGCUAAUCUGGGCGGAGGAGGGCGUGGUGGACCACUACCUGAUCACCUGCAGAGCCCUGGGAGCCCACGCAGAGCAGAAGAAGGUGCGUGAGCCAUUGGUGACCUCGGCUCAUGUUCUGACCGUGUCGGGUCUGCAGGCGUCCACAACCUACAACUGCAGUGUGAGGAGCAGCAGCUACAGCAGCUCCAGUGACCCAGUGCACAUCACCGUCAGCACUACACGCAGGAGUCUCUUUGCGUUCCUCACGCUUCUGCCAUCCUGCCUUUGGACUGACUAUCUUUUGGCCUUUUAUAUUAAUCCGUGGAGCAAAACGGCACUUAAGAAGAGGAAACUGACCAGUCCGGUACAGCUCAGUGAUUUCGAGGCCUACCUCAAAGACAUGGGCAAAGACUCAGCCUACAAGUUCUCCCUGCAGUUCGAGGAGCUGAAGAGUGUAGGUCUGGAUUUGUCCCAUGAAGCCGCUGAUCUGCCCAUCAACAGACCCAAGAACCGCUACACCAACAUCCUGCCCUAUGACUUCAGUCGAGUGAAGCUGAUCUCUCUGCACAAUGAUGAAGGCUCUGAUUACAUCAAUGCUAACUAUAUUCCCGGCUAUAACUCUCCACGCGAGUACAUCGCCACGCAGGGCCCACUGCCCGACACCAGGAACGACUUCUGGAAGAUGGUGCUGCAGCAGAAAGUGCACAUCAUCGUGAUGCUAACACAGUGCAACGAGCGCCGCAGGGUGAAGUGUGACCACUACUGGCCGUUCAGUGAUGAGCCGGUGGCGUAUGGAGAGAUCAGUGUGGAGAUGCUGGCGGAGACAGACUCGCCCGAGUGGACCAUCAGGAGCUUCAGACUCGCAUACGCUGAUGAGACUCAGGACGUCCUGCACUUUAACUACACCUCGUGGCCGGAUCACGGAGUGCCGACGGUGAACGCCAUCGAGAGCAUCCUACAGUUCGUGCAGAUCGUCCGGCAGCAGGUCAACAGGAGCAAAGGACCCAUCGUAGUGCACUGCAGUGCUGGCGUGGGCCGCACCGGCACCUUCAUCUCUCUGGACCGGCUGAUGCAGCACAUUCAGGAGCACGAGUAUGUGGACGUGCUGGGGCUGGUGUCCGACAUGCGCUCGCACCGACUGUCCAUGGUGCAGACUGAGGAGCAGUACGUGUUCAUCCAUCAGUGUGUUCUGCUGAUGUGGAAGAAGAAGAAGCAGCAGUCACACACCAGUGACGUCAUCUACGAGAACGUCAGCAAGUCCUAAUGAGUUGUCAUCAGUGUUGAACACACACACACUCGUGCUGGUCUCAGCGGAGCGGCUGUGUCUCAUUUACUCCUCAUUCAAGCUCUAUUAGUGGACAGAAGUGAUCCGAUGCCUUAACGAAGCUGCCUCGUUCUGCAGUGUAUGUGUAUGUGUGUGUGUGUGUGAGCGCAGGAGCUGCGCCGGAGCUCCGCCAGCAUCUGCUCUGUAGUGUGUGUGUGUGUGUGUGUGAAUCUCAGGAUCAUCAGGACUGCGCUCGCUGUAGGCCGCUGUGAAGUGUGUGUCGUGAGUUGAGACUGUACUAGUGUUAGUGUUGACGUCUUCAAAGGAGCUUCGGUGUAAUGGAGCGCACGCACAAGUGUGUGUGUGUGUGUAUAUGCUCCAUCACUGCCACACACACACACGAGGGAGUCCUGCACUGCUCAUCUGUGUAUCUGCACCGCUGUGAAUGUUUCUGUGUGUGCGUGAGUGUGAGUGUGUGUGUGUGUGUGUGUGUGUGUGUGUGUGUGUGUGUGUGUGUGUGUGUGUGCGUGAGUGUGUGUGGACUGUGCUGCUCCUCAGCCCGCUGCAGUCUCUCCACUCGUCCUCCUGCUGAGCGUCUCAAGACUGAAGGUCGACCCGUCUGUCUUUGGUGCCAUUCUCUGUGUACUGUGUGAGUUCUAGUAGCCGAGCAAUCCACACCGCCAUCACAGUUCUCAUCUGUGUUUGUUUGGAGACAAUAAAUGUGUCAAUUUGUAUUCUUA